AAGGCGAGCAAAGAAGUACCAAAACAAAGUGGAGAACGUGCUCGUUCCUUUAUUUUGUUUAGCUUCCAAGCCAUUUUUUUUUUUUGCAAGCAGGCUCUGCUAUCAUCAUGGGCGGUAUUCCGACACCUCUGCGGUGCUUCAGCGAGCAACACUCCGCAGAAAUGUUCGUGGAUGACGGGGUGGAAACGGUGACUUCAGUGGAGCAGAAAAAAGUGGAAAGCAGCAUUGAAGAGGCCAUAAGUGUUUACAAGCAAUCGCACAGCUUACCACAGCCUUUGUUGUUGCGGGAACAACACUACCAAUACCUCAAGAGGGGAUUACGUCAUUUAUCUGAUGCCUACGAGUGUCUGGAUGCAAGCAGACCGUGGCUUUGCUUCUGGAUUCUUCACAGUCUGGAGUUACUAGAGGAGCCCAUUCCUCCUGCUGUUGCCUCUGAGGUGUGUCAAUUUCUGGCACAUUGUCAAAGCCCGACAGGGGGCUUCGCUGGAGGACCAGGGCAACACGCCCACCUCGCACCCACCUAUGCUGCCGUCAACGCCCUCUGUAUCAUCGGAACUGAAGAAGCAUAUGACGUUCUAGACAGGGAGAAGCUUCUAGAUUUCCUAAUGUCACUGAAGCAGCCUGAUGGCUCCUUUGUGAUGCACAUCGGAGGAGAGGUGGACGUCAGGAGUGCUUAUUGUGCUGCUUCAGUAGCAUCGCUCACAAACAUCAUCACACCCAAACUGUUCGAGGACACGACCAACUGGAUCCUCAGCUGUCAGAACUGGGAGGGUGGUAUGAGUGGAGUUCCAGGUUUGGAGGCACACGGGGGUUACACUUUUUGUGGCACGGCCGCCCUCGUCAUCCUGGGUAAAGAACACAUGCUGGAUCUCAAAGCCUUACUGAGGUGGGUGGUCAGCAGACAGAUGCGAUAUGAAGGAGGCUUCCAAGGCCGAUGUAAUAAACUGGUGGACGGCUGCUAUUCUUUCUGGCAAGCUGGACUCCUACCUCUACUCCACAGAGCCUUAUUCAAUGAUGGAGAGUCGGAGCUGAGUCGGCAGUGGUGGAUGUUCGAUCAGCAGGCCUUGCAGGAGUACAUCCUCCUGUGCUGUCAGAAUCCAACAGGGGGCCUUCUGGAUAAGCCUGGCAAAUCCAGAGACUUUUACCACACGUGUUACUGCCUGAGCGGGCUCUCCAUAGCACAGCACUUUGGAAACACGGAGCACUACCAUGAGAUCAUCGUCGGCAAGGAGGAGAACCGACUGGCUCCAACUCACCCGGUUUACAACAUUUGUCCGGAGAAGGUGGCUCAGGCCCUGCAGCACUUCCUGCGGUUGCCCGUUCCUGACCUCACCCAACAGCCGGGAACCUCAGCUGACGCCAAACCAUCAGAACCGGCCGCUGCCUCUGGACCCGCUGAGCCUCAGUCCUAGUUCCACCUCAGCAGGGCCGUUGCUCAGAGUGUGAACCUGUUAACUCUGAGGACCGGACUCCAGUCAAGUCGGACCUGAUGUGGACUAUUAAAGGCGGGAUGGACCCUCAGGCUGCAGUUUUACCUAAGUAGAAGUGAACAGUUUUGUCUGGACAGCUUUAAGUUCUUGCUUGUGUUGCUUACUGUUCUGAUCUUCUAAAAUGAAAGUGUUACUUUGUACGGUUUCAAUAUGAGUUAAUAAAACUUUGUACCACAGUUCCCAUAACGGUACCAACACGUGUUUGAGCACUAAAGCCUGAGCGUUGAAACAUU